AUGUUUUCUCUUCGUGACAGUCGUGCCAUUGUUGUUAGUGGAUGGUUGUUGUUCUGUGCGCAAUCUCCUGGCCAACGGUUCAUCAUCUGUUCCUGAUUAUUUUAUCACCUCAUUAGCCCCUUCAAGACAGCAUAAUCUCGAAGUGUAUUUUUUCUCUUCAGUCACAAUGAAUCAUUCGUUCGUCGUUUGGAAAUGAUUAAUCUGGAGCCUGAAUAGAGCCACGCAGUCUCACCGACAAGAACACGGACGGCGUAGCAAUGGAGCUUCGUGAAUGGGCUCCGCUGGUCAAUCUGGUUAACAAGAUUCCGGUUUCGGUGCAGCGCGGACUGCUCUUCCACGAUGUGUCAAUUACGUGUGUGGAUCUGGUCGAAGAAUUUAUGGCCCUGGGAAGCAACGUGGGAAUCGUGUUCUGGUACAACCGGAAGAGCGGAUCGGUGGAACGUCUCCAGACGGAGCACUCCAAUCAUCUGACGUGCGUUCGGAUAAUUUCGACCGUUGAGUUCAUGGUAGCUGCUGGAGAUCGUCAAGGCUUAAUAAGCAUCUUCCAAAUUCCGAAGGAAGCUCCUCCGGAUGUCUGUGCUGAAUUGCUGUUGAAAGCCAAGCCGACCGAACGGUACACGAUUCGCAACGUGCAUCGAGCGGUAAUUACCGAUCUAGUGUGGUCCAAGAAUGGGAUGAAGCUGUUCUCCGGUGAUGCCGCGGGGGUUGUCGUGCUGAACGAGAUCAAUUAUCAGGUCAAAACGUGUGAAGCGCGGGAGAUUGUGAAUGAGAAGUAUCACGUGGUCCAGAUGAGUCUGCGAAAAGACAAGCUGUUGGUUUCUACUACAUAUCGCACAGUGAUCUGCUCUCAGGAAGAUUUGAAGCGGUGGCGCGUGACCCAGGUUGGCAAAAAAGACCGAAAGAUACUAAGCCAUUUCGGGACAGUUUUUCACGACUACCACUCGCAAUCACGUGUUUUAACCACCCGAUCUGGGUUUCGACUUUGGGUGGCCGAUCUCGAAGGAGAUGUUGCACAAACUCUCAUAUUCAAGGAAUUGAUCAAAAUCCCAACAGCUGAGGUUCCCAUUAUGAAUCCCAGCAAACAUCCCAUCAGGAUUCCGACUACUUUCGGAAAGCUUUACACAUUCCAGGAUAAGUUUUUACUUUCCGUUGCCAAUGAUAUGAUGUUUGUACUGGAUCUAGACCAUAUGAAAGUCGUAGCCUCGCUUACUCGACUGCGGAAAAUCAUCGACAUAGCGGUCUACAAGCACGAAAUCCUAAUCGUCGAAAGCCCGCGAUCGCUGAUCCGAUUAUCCACCCUUCCAGAUAGCAGCCAAGCCACGAUACUUUGCAAACAUCUAGACCUGUUCACUACCAGUGAUAGUGAUGGCCAAAUAGUCGUAGCAGAUGAAUGUCUCGAACAAGACUCUGAAUCCGCGAAUGUCUCGCAAGCAAGCGCCAACGGUCAUUCUUCCGUCUCAGCCAAUGGAGACGUUGUUGAUGGCGUCACAUCUCUCCCGCCGGUGGAGCAAAGCCCAUCCGACGGCGGAUCGCAUCACCUAAUCACCCACAUGAAAAAGCUAGAGCUGUUCGAAACACUGAACGAACUCAAGUACGAUGACUCGAUCCUGUUCAAGAGUGGACGCAAGACGAAGCGAAAGCACAAAACAAAAAUCAAUCCGAUUGUCGAGAUUGGACAGAUUCCGAAGGAGUUGGAAGACGAUCCGGGUCCCGCGGCUGACCCGUUUGGGAAAAUUGAAAACUAGGAUUUAAAUCCGGCGGUAUAGUGAUAGGAUUAUCAAAAUGCUUCUCAGUGUGAUAUUUUUAGCGUUUCUGUUUUUUGUUGAGAAAAAUUAGUAUAUCGAGUUUAUUGAAAGUUUAUGUUGUAAAAACAGCACCAGACUAUAAAUUAUGUAAAACGAUACUUCGCAAGCACAUUUUGCUUUGAGGUUAAAAUAUUAUUAAAAAUUGCUUCAAAUAAAACAGUUUUUUGCAUAUGAUGAAAGGA